AUCUGAGUCCUCAGCAAAUUCAUUCUCGGCAGGCAGAGUCCAGCCGGCGCGCACUCGCUUCCACCUGCCGCGCCGUCGGGAGCCGGGAGGAGGCGGGGACCCGCCGUCUCAGCCAAUGAGCGACGCUGGCGCUGGCAGCUGCCGCUAUAAAGGGCUGGGGGCGGCGGCGGUGCGACCCAGAGCGCGGAGCGCGCAGCGCGGGCCGGAGGGUGGGAGGGAGGGCGGGCGAGGAAGAGGAGAGGACCCGACACCCGGCAUCCGGCACCUGAGGGCCCACCGCAGAAGGCAGAGCUGCCGAGAUUUUGGUCGGGAAGGGCGACCUCUCCGGGCCCCGCGGGGCCGCGCUCUGGGCGUCCUGCACCGCGCGCCCGCUCCCUCCAUCCACCAGCCGCCGGGGACCCGGCCGUCGGCGCGCGCAUCCCCAGGCUCGGGUCCGUUCCCGGCCCUCGAGGGCGCCGCCGCCUCCAUCACCGCCUCUGCAGCGUCCGCAGCGGCCGACGUCCGGGCGGGACACCGGCGUGAGCACCGGGCGCCCCCCCCAGGAGUGCACGACCCCCCGGAACCGCCCUCGAUACGGACCGCGCCCGCCGGGCACACAAGAAUGGUCACUCAGAUACUGGGGGCCAUGGAGUCUCAGGUUGGGGGGGGGCCGGCCGGCCCGGCCCUGCCCAACGGGCCACUCCUUGGGACAAACGGAGCCACUGAUGACAGCAAGACCAACCUCAUCGUCAACUACCUACCCCAGAACAUGACACAGGACGAGUUCAAGAGUCUCUUCGGCAGCAUUGGCGACAUCGAGUCCUGCAAGUUGGUUCGGGAUAAGAUCACAGGGCAGAGCCUGGGCUAUGGGUUUGUGAACUAUUCUGACCCCAAUGAUGCAGACAAAGCCAUCAACACCCUCAACGGCCUCAAAUUGCAGACAAAGACCAUCAAGGUGUCCUAUGCGCGCCCCAGCUCUGCCUCUAUUCGGGAUGCUAACCUCUACGUCAGCGGCCUCCCCAAGACCAUGAGCCAGAAGGAGAUGGAACAACUCUUCUCCCAGUACGGCCGCAUCAUCACUUCUAGAAUCCUGCUGGACCAGGCCACAGGUGUCUCUCGGGGUGUGGGAUUCAUCCGCUUUGACAAGAGGAUCGAGGCGGAGGAGGCCAUCAAGGGACUGAAUGGACAGAAACCACUGGGUGCAGCUGAACCAAUCACGGUCAAAUUCGCAAACAACCCAAGUCAGAAGACGGGACAGGCCCUGCUCACCCACCUGUACCAGUCCUCUGCCCGGCGCUACGCGGGUCCCCUACAUCAUCAGACACAGCGCUUCCGGCUGGACAAUUUGCUCAACAUGGCCUAUGGAGUCAAAAGUCCCCUGUCGCUCAUCGCCAGGUUCUCCCCAAUCGCCAUCGAUGGCAUGAGUGGCCUGGCAGGCGUGGGCUUGUCCGGAGGCGCUGCAGGCGCUGGCUGGUGCAUCUUCGUGUACAACCUGUCCCCGGAAGCUGAUGAGAGCGUGCUGUGGCAGCUUUUCGGACCCUUUGGGGCGGUCACCAACGUCAAGGUCAUCCGAGAUUUCACCACCAACAAGUGCAAGGGUUUCGGCUUUGUCACCAUGACCAACUACGACGAGGCAGCCAUGGCCAUCGCCAGCCUGAACGGCUAUCGCCUGGGCGAGCGCGUGCUGCAGGUGUCCUUCAAGACCAGCAAGCAGCACAAAGCCUGAGCGUUCACCGCCCUCCCUCCCGGGCAGCAGAGAGAGAGAGAGAGAGAGGGAGAGAGAGAGAGAGAGAGAAAGAGAGAGGGAGAGAGAGAGAGAGGGAGAAAGAGAGAGAGAGAGAAAGCGUGAUCGCAAGAGCAGGAAGACCCACACGCCUGCAAAAACCACCACAGGGUGAGCAUUGGGAUGGGGAGGGGCCUGCAGGGAAUAGAGGGGAAGGGGUCCCCCACCUUGUCCUCCCUGCUUCCCCCACCAGCUGGGGCUUGUUCACUCUCUCGUCUUGGUUUGGUUCAUGGUGAUGGCUUUUGUUUCUUUUUUCGGCUAAAACAAAAAGAAGAAAGCAGAGAGGAGACCCCCCCAUCCCUCCUCACCCUCACCACCCUGCAUGGGAUGGCUUAGGGGACACUGCAGUGCCCACCCAGGCCUCCCUUGCCCAGGCCUGUCCUAUCCCGAGAGAAAGGGGAGGGAACAGGUUUAAAAAUCCCCACAACAGCAAAAAACAUGAAAGAGGGGUGUGGGUAUCCCCAUCCCCUGCCCCAGUCCCUGGGCAGAAAACAGGGAGCAGGAUUGGGGCAGGGCAGGAAGCAGAAACAAAA